AUGGAGGUCGUCCAAAGGCGGCGCAGCCCCAAAAGGCUGGCAGCGCACGCCCAAAGCGGCGGCCACCACGCCAAAGGCGGUUGGCCCACGCCCGACGGCCUCUCCGCCUUCCCCUCAGCCUGGAAUGACGCCCCAGGGCUCGAGGGUCUCAGGAGCAGAUGGCGGACAGGCGGAAUCGUGCAGCCCCUUGGCGCAGGCGGGUCGGCCGCCCCUCGCCGCCUGCUCGCAGCAUCACCAGCCCCAGCCUCGGCGCCGCGCUGGAAUGCGCCGCAGCGAGAGCACCUCUGCUCCGCAACGACUCCCGGGGGCUGCGGGCCGCGAAGGGCGUGGGAGCGCGGCCCGCCCGAGCCGCUCGGCCUGCCUGCUCUCCCCUCAGGCCGCUCAACCUGGGAGCACGAGAAAAAACCUUCUUCCAAGUCCGACUACAAGUACAGCCGCAGUUCGAGUAACCUGCAGCCCGAGCCGGAGGGAGCGUGCUGGAGAAGUUACCGGGAGGACGUUACUCUUCCUCGAACAGGCGUUGGAAUAUGGAGUGCGUCACCUGAGGAAGUUCGGCUCCUAGAAACUUCGAGGAAAGGACGGCCGGCAGCGUCCUCCCGAAAAGUGCAAUCUGGGGCCGUACGCAAUAUCUGCAGAAGGAAGCUGCGUGAGAGGUUGUUGGGCUCGUCUGACGAGCUGCUGUCUCAGGCGUGGGUGAUGGUGGUGGAGAGCUGUCGUCCCACUCUGACCAUCAACCGGGGAGCUCGGCAGCACUGGCUGGAGGGGAUGCUUGAGACACGAGGAUAGGUAAUCUUCACUUCAUACCUGCGAGGGGUGAACAACAACCUGCAGCCGUGGGCCACCGCCGAUGGCAGGAAGCAGUUCGGCCUCAAACCCAAUCCCACGGAGGAGGGCCUGGCCAGCCUGCACAGCGUGUUGCUACGGAAACAGCCCUACCUGUGGGCGAGCGGCUCUGCUCUACUACACGGUGUACACGCCACCAGCAUGAGCUUCAGCCAGCUCUUCAGCCACAUCGCUCGCUUCGUCCAGGACCCGGACGUCCGCUGGGAGUACUGCCUGCGAGCCAAGGAGGGACAGACGGACACCUCGCAGCCCGGCUGCUUCAGUAAAGACCAGGUCUACCUGGACGGGAUCCUCCGAAUCCUUCGGCACCGAAGGACCAUCGACUUCAAGAUGUUGACCUCUUUGGGAAAGGUGUCUUUUGAAGACCGUGGAGAGGCUUCGCCAUCUGGCCGUGUUUCCUCGACCAGAAUCCCUCACUUCAUGCGAGAGGACGGCUACCGGCAACAUCUGGAUCACAUGGUCGCCGUCAACGACGCUGGACGGACUCUGCGCUGA